AUGGCUUCACGGACUGGCGUGUCCGUGUCGCAGUUCGCCGAGCGGUUCUAUCAAUCAUGGAUGAACCCCCGGGGGAUCACAAAAGUCGGGGAACCGAAGUCGUUAAGCCUUGCCUCAAUUAAGCUGCCAUGGAAAAUCGGUCUCGCAAUUAGCGGCGGUGCCGAUUCCAUGGCCCUCGCAUUUCUGUGCAAACAGAUGGAAAGAAUGUCUGAUCCCGGAACGGUCUCCUUUACGGCCUUUUUGGUGGAUCAUCGAGCCCGCCCGGAAAGCAGCCAGGAGGCCAACAUGGUGGCUGGUUGGCUACGUGACAUAGGUAUCAAAACCAAGGUUCUCAAGCUAGACUGGCGUUUAACUGCAAAAGCGGCAACUGCCGAUCCAACGCAGAAGCAGUCUGCGUUUGAGACCAAUGCUCGUAUGCUGCGGUAUCAAGCUCUCGGCAAAGCUUGCCUCCGCGCUGACAUCAACACUAUCCUCCUUGGCCAUCAUCAGGAUGACAACGUUGAAACGGCCAUCGCGAGACUAUGUACAGGAGCUCGGGGCGCUGCUCUUGGGGGAAUCUCCGAAAUGGCGAGAAUUCCCGAAUGUCACGGGCUCUGGGGCAUAUCUGAAGGCGCUUCAUGUGCAAAGCUGCUUGGCACACGAAAAAGCGAUGCUUUUCCUGUCAAGGCUCGCAUCCUAGACAACAAUAGAGGUACAAUCAGUUUCUAUUCCACAGGAGAAAUCCCGAUCUAUGCAAAGAAAAAACCGCAGUCUGAAAAUGACCAACCACCAUGGUUGUCAUUACAACCUCCAUUCAGUUCUUCACCACUUCUGACUGCAACCGGAGGCAUUUUUCUCUGUCGGCCUCUUCUUUCUUUCCCUAAGGCUCGGCUGGUCCAAACCUGCAGAGAAAACAAGAUUCCCUUUGUCUCCGAUCCCACUAAUUUCGACCCUACCCUCACUACCCGCAAUACUAUCCGGCACCUCCUCUCUAAGAACGCCCCCCCCCGCGCAUUGCAAUCUGCAUCGAUUCUUUCUCUCAUUGAGACCGGCCAGGAAAUCCUCCAGAAAACGAAUGAUCUUUCUGAUGAAAUGCUCGCAUCCCGAUGCCGUAUCCUCGACUUUAAUCCCAGAGCGGGAAAUCUCGCCAUCGAAAUCAAGGACGCAGCUGCGCAAGAUAGGAAAUCCCGCGCCCUUGAUCUCAAGAUGCUAUCAAGUGUCGUACGUCGCGUCACAGACUUGAUAUCGGCUGCACCUGCACACAAUUAUGCUCUGAACCGUUAUGACCCAUUUGUGCCCAACCUAUUCCCCAAUGCUAGGGACAUCGACACUUGGAAUAAGUACCUCAGGGACAGAAAACCUUUUACUGUUGGAGGUGUAUUGUUCAGCCCUCUCAAACCGAAAUCCAAGAUGAACCCUGCAACCGCCACGCCCGAAUUAUUGGCUUCCCUACCCAGCAUGAAUAUCUGGGGACUCUCUCGCGCGCCAUAUAUGAGAAACCGGAAGCCAAUCAUUGAAUUCAAAGAAGAUACAUGGACACUGUGGGACUAUCGACAUUGGCUUCGAUUUACCUUGAAACCCGAAUUGACAUCCAACCUCCAAACAACUGCUGGUUUGAAGCCGCCCAUCCUUGUCGUUCGCCCAUUUGAAAAAUCCGAUCUUGAUAGGAUUCUUCACGAGGACGGAACGUUAGCGGGAGAGAGACACGGAAGGGUAGCUCCUGCUGCCGCAGAUGUCUGGAAAUAUAUCAAUGACAUACUCGCACUGGAGGCUGACGGUCCAGCUCGGUUCACCAUUCCCGUCUUGACAUUGGAGGAAUCUAGUCUCUCUGAACCGACAGAGACUCCUGAGCGCUUACUUUUGAUGCCUACUUAUGGCAUGUGUCUCUCCGGUCUGAAGAGGGGCCCGGCCUUCAAUGAGAUGAGUUUCUUCUGGAACGGAGUUUGGUGGAAUUUGACCUGGGAUUGGAGGUACAAAAUGAUUGACACCGAGGCAGUGCGCCUAAUGAAUGGGCCAAGUGUAAGUGAUCAGCCUACUGAGUAUGGUACAGAAUUCUAG